GUCUGCAAUUUUAUUUUGCAGACGGCAAACGUUCACUACCUUUGUUCGGCUGCGCGCGUUGAAGUUUUUUUUCUUCAAAUUUAAACAAGUGACUACUGCUGGUGACUUUUUGAGAAGCACAAUGAGUAAACGCAAAGCCCCGCAGAAUGAAAACCCAAACAAGGAACUGGUAGAUGUUCUUUCAGAGUUGGCCAACUAUGAGAAGAACGUGACCAGACAGAUGCACAAGUACAAUGCCUACCGCAAAGCUGCGAGCACCAUUGCCAAACAUCCCGACAAAAUCUCCAGUGGCAAGGAAGCCAAGAAACUGGAUGGAGUGGGAGAGAAAAUUGCCAAAAAGAUUGACGAGAUCCUGGCGACAGGAAAGCUACAAAAACUGGAGAAAAUCCGAGCCGACGACACAAGCGUUGCCAUCAACCUGAUGACAAGAGUGACAGGCAUAGGCCCGGCAGCUGCAAGAAAACUGGUUGAAGAAGGCAUCACAACAAUUGAAGAGCUGAAAAAACAUGAGGACAAGCUCAACCACCAUCAGAAAAUUGGACUCAAGCAUUUUGAGGACUUUGAGAAGCGUAUCCCCCGCCCGGAGAUGGCGAAACUGGAAACAUUCGUCAAGGAGCAGAUAGAAGACCUGGAUCCGGACUACAUUGCUACAAUCUGUGGUAGCUAUAGACGAGGAGCAGCAUCCAGUGGCGACAUUGACAUCUUACUGACGCAUCCAGAUUACACCUCCAAGGAUGAAAAACAGCCGGAAUUGCUUCUGUCCGUCGUGAAACAGUUGGAGAAGUCUUCCCUGGUAACGGACACUAUCUCACUAGGCGAAAGCAAAUUCAUGGGGGUGUGUCAAUUGCCAAGAGGGGAGGAGGAUACGGAGGACCAUCUGUUCCGCCGCAUCGAUAUCCGCAUCAUUCCUAAAGACCAGUACUUCUGUGGCACGCUCUACUUCACCGGUAGUGAUAUGUUCAACAAAAACAUGAGGGCUAAGGCUAUCGAAGCCGGUUUCACGCUCAAUGAAUACACAAUCAGGCCAAUGGGAAGCACAGGUAUCACUGGAGAACCACUCCCAGUUAGUAGUGAGAAAGAUGUAUUUGAUGUCAUCGGCAUGGCUUACAAGAAACCAUCGGAGCGGAACAUGUAGACUUUGUGCAGCAGAAAGAUUUACCAGUAAAAAAACAAAACACCAAAGGUUUCCAGUAGGAAGCACAAGGAUGCCACAAUUUUUGUAGCUCCUAUUUCCCCCAGUCUUUUUCUACCGAGUUGGCAAAACUCAGUACUGAUCUAAUGCUUUGUUAAAUGACUUUAAAAUUUUUUUUUUUUUGUAUUACUGUUUUGAGGAGAUUAAUGUUAGUUGAAACUCUUCAAUUGUUUAAAUUUAUCUACAACUACAAGUACUGCAACAUAGUUACUUUGUUAAAAAAAUUGCCAGUUUAUUAAAUAACAUUGUAUUCAAUUUCAAUGCUUUUGUACUUAAUGUUACAUAUCUGUUUUAACAGAAACUCAACCAAGACCUUGGGUUUGAAAAUGAGGCUUGUUAAAAACGACUCGCAUUUUGAAAUCUCAAAUAAGCCAAAGUCGACACCAUUCUAAGAGAAAUAAAAGUGUUUAUUUUAUUUCA